UAUCAGCUAACGUACGGUACCGUUGUUCUUCCUGUAGGGUUCGGCUCGCCCUAGAACCAGCUUACCUGCGGAAAAGGGUAUUUAUAAAGACCGAGCACUGCCCGCAAUUUUCUCAUCAUGUCUUACAACGGCAACUACGGGAACUCGGGCUCUCGCUUCGAGCAGCGAGACCAGCAGCAACAACCACAGCAGCCAGGAACACAGCAAAACCGUCAACAGCCUCAGGACCCACCGCUCACCACCUCGCCCAACUUCGACAUCCUCGACUGGCAUCCGGCUUAUGAGUCGUGUCAGAGAUACUUUCUUGACCAUGCUCAGCAUGAAGCCGGUACACAGGCAUUGUGUGCCUUGAUCAACAUUCGACUGCCUUUCCAAUGGCUUCAAAAUCCCGUAACAUCAUCAAAUUCUUCACAAAUGCCAGGAGCUAGUCCUGGUGCAGGAGGCCCAUCAUUCAAUUUCAAUCAGUGGUCACGACCGAAUUCUUCCGCCACGGGCCGUAGCUCUCAACCCACAUCCGCUUUCGUGUCACUUGUUCCUUAUAUCAGACGCCUGGUCAUCACUGGCUUCGAUAAGCCUGGUAUCCUCCAUGGCUUCUUCGGCGACGCAUACCAAGCCGGCAUCACCCCCAUGCAAGACUGCGAACGCCGCAACUACCUCUUCGCAGCCAAGCACGGCGGCUGGCGAACCUGCAAAAAGCAAUACGACAUGAAUGCCGAAGAAACAGUUCCUUUCCUGAAGCCCUUGCAAAGCAUUCGCGACGAGGAAUUGGAUGCCGCCGAGAAGAGCUGGAGCUCAUGGUUGGCAAUGGAAGAUUGGAUGAUUGGGCCCCGUGCGCCUCAUGAAGAUUCAUCACAGGAUCAAUCUAGUCAACGAUCUAGACCUUGGGAGCGAGCAGGGGGGAUGUCGGGCUAUGAUGCUGGAUUGCCAGAUGGCAUUUGAGGAUCUGGAGAGUGCUAUUCUGCUUUUUACUAUAUACCCAGUGCGGAAUCAUCAUAGCGAUCAUUUUUGAUUUUGUUCG